AUGUCGCGUGGAUGUUCGGAGCUCCAAACGGCACCCGGCAGACCGGAGUUGCUUCUCCUCCAUGCGCUUCCGUUAAGUGGACAGGUGGAGUUCGAGUGCAGCGACUGCGGUGAUCAGCUGCCGGUUCACCCGAUUCAUCAUCACGAGCACUUUAUGGAUACACAUCACACGUUUGAAGCCAUGCAGCGCAGACACACGACGCUGAGGGAGAAAGGUCGCAGGGGGCCGGCGUAUAUGUUCAGCGAGCGCGAUAAAAGUGUCACGGCUGAAGAGGAGCGCUUCCUGGAUGCUGCUGAGUAUGGUAACAUCCCGGUUGUCCGGAAGAUGCUCGAAGACUCUGAGACGCUCAAUGUGAACUGUGUGGACUACAUGGGCCAGAAUGCUCUGCAGCUUGCCGUGGCCAACGAGCACCUGGAAGUGACCGAGCUGCUCCUGAAGAAGGAAGGUCUAGCCCGAGUGGGUGAUGCCUUGCUCCUGGCUAUCAGUAAAGGCUAUGUGCGCAUUGUGGAGGCCAUUUUGGCACAUCCGGCUUUCGAAGGUGGCCUCCGCUUUGCCCCAAGUAUCUUGGAACGUGAACAAAAAAAUGAUGACGACUUCUACGCAUACGAUGAGGACGGAACACGGUUCUCACGCGACGUGACACCAGUGAUCCUGGCUGCUCAGUGUCAGGAGUAUGAGAUUAUACACACCCUGCUGGUCAAGGGUGCACGUAUUGAAAAGCCUCACGAUCACUUCUGCAAGUGUGCUGAGUGUGCCGAGAAGCAGAGGCAAGACUCAUUCAGCCACUCUCGCUCACGCAUGAACGCCUACAAAGGCCUGGCCAGUGCUGCCUACCUCUGCCUUUCCAGUGAAGAUCCUGUGCUGACCGCCUUGGAGCUCAGCAACGAGCUUACCCAACUUGCCAACAUCGAAACUGAGUUUAAGAACGACUACAGAAAGUUGUCCAUGCAGUGUAAAGACUUUGUGGUCGGGGUGUUGGAUUUGUGUCGGAACACGGAGGAAGUCGAAGCCAUUCUGAACGGAAACGUGGACCAUAAAGUGCCCCAGGGUGACAACAGCAGACCGUGCCUGAGCCGGGUAAAACUGGCCAUCAGGUUUGAGGUCAAAAAGUUUGUGGCUCAUCCGAACUGUCAGCAGCAACUCCUGACACUGUGGUAUGAAAAUCUGUCGGGUUUGAGGCAGCAGUCUAUUGGAGUGAAAUGUUUAACGGUUCUUGGGGUGAUGGCGACUCUGCCCUUCUUGGCCAUCGCAUACUGGGUCAUGCCGUACAGCAAGCUGGGUCAGGUUCUACGCAGUCCUUUCAUGAAAUUCGUGGCCCAUGCGGUGUCCUUCACAACUUUCCUGUGCCUGCUGGUGCUCAAUGCAUCCGAUCGCUUUGAUGGAGUCAAAAAUCUGCCCAAUGAAACGAUCACUGAUCACCCGCGGCAGGUGUUCCGGGUCAAAACUACCCGCUUCUCCUGGACUGAGAUGCUAAUAAUGAAAUGGGUGCUUGGAAUGAUCUGGUCAGAGUGUAAAGAAAUUUGGGAGGACGGGUUACGUGAGUAUGUCACGCAACUCUGGAACAUUUUGGACUUCGGCAUGCUGUCCAUCUUCGUGGCGUCAUUCACAGCUAGGUUCAUGGCAUUUCUGCAGGCCUCUCGUGCACAGCUGUACGUCGACCAAUACGUGACGAGCUCGGACCUGAGCAACGCCUCGCUUCCUGAUGAAGUGGCCUACUAUACUUAUGCGAGGAACCGGUGGCUUCCAUCUGACCCCCAGAUCAUCUCUGAAGGUCUCUACUCUAUUGCCGUGGUCCUGAGUUUCUCACGCAUCGCUUACAUCCUGCCAGCCAAUGAAAGCUUCGGACCUUUACAGAUCUCGCUGGGCCGCACAGUAAAGGACAUUUUUAAAUUCAUGGUCAUCUUCAUCAUGGUCUUCCUUGCGUUCAUGAUCGGCAUGUUCAACCUGUACUCUUACUACCUGGGGGCCAAGUAUAACCCUGCAUUCACCACGAUAGAAGAAAGCUUCAAGACACUGUUCUGGUCCAUCUUUGGUUUGAGCGAGGUGAUGUCUGUGGUGUUAAAGUACGAUCAUAAGUUCAUUGAGAACAUCGGCUACGUUCUGUACGGUGUCUACAAUGUUAUGAUGGUGAUCGUGCUGCUCAACAUGCUGAUUGCCAUGAUGAACCACUCCUACCAGGAGAUCGAGGAGGAUGCAGAUGUCGAGUGGAAGUUUGCCCGUGCUAAGCUUUGGCUCUCGUACUUUGAUGAAGGCAGGACUCUUCCUCCUCCUUUCAAUCUGGUGCCCAGUCCAAAGUCCUUCUAUUACAUGGGCCUUCGCACAAGAUCUUGUCUCGUCAGGCUGUGCAAAGCUAAAGGUCUUCAUGGAAGUCAGCAAGACAUGGACACUCCAAAUUCUCGACCUAAGCUCCACAGGUAUCGACUGUGCCUCAGUCAAGAUGAAUAUGCAAUGAGAAAUUCUAUCAAACACCCAAGCAGAUACCAGAAGAUCAUGAAGCGUCUCAUUAAGCGAUACGUCCUGAAGGCCCAAACUGACAGUGAAAAUGACGAGGUCAAUGAAGGUGAGCUGAAGGAGAUAAAGCAGGACAUCUCCAGCCUACGCUACGAACUUUUGGAGGAAAAAUCUCAGGUCACGGCAGAACUCGCCGAUCUCAUCCAGCAGCUGGGUGAUAGACUUUGUAAAUCAACCAAGAAACCCUGAAGGAAAGUAUUUUCUACCAACGAGAACUUAAGAAAAGAACCUUCACCUAAGGAGCCCUGAAGAACCUUCAACUAAGGAGCCCUGAAGAACAUUAACCAAUAAAAUAGAGCUAACUGAAAGAAAUUUCAAUGAACAUCACUAACUGUACAUCUACAUUUACUAGACGACAUUCAAGUAAAUGAAUGAGGGAAAAUUUGGAAGUUUAGAAAUGAUAGCGCUAUAAGUGUGUGCUCUUAAGUCUGAUAUUAUGCAGUUUCUCCAUCAAUAUGUUGUUUUGUUAAUGAUUUUAUUUAUUUAUUUAUUUGAAAAAUUCCUAAAUUUCAUAUCCUGCUAUUAUCCAGUAUCAAUAAGUCCAUUUUUUUUUCAUCUCCUUUUGAUUUAUUGAAGUUACAUCUCACACGGGGACCUGUAUAAU